AUGGCUACUAUCGGUGAUGAAUUACACCAAAGAGGUCAUCAUGUCGUUGUUGUAGCGGCUUCUGCUCUCCAAUUUUUAAAUCAUAAGCCAUAUACCGUCAAGUACUAUCAGACAUCGAUGAAGGAGAAAGACAUGGAAGAUUGCUUAACCAUAGUCUUGAAACAUCAAGAUUACACUAUGUCUCCUUGUGUUAAAUUGAUUCAAGAAGAUCUACAAGCAUUUACCAAUGAUAACCAACUAUUGCAAGAGUUAAAAAGUCAACAUUUCGUUGCAAGUAUCGUUCAGAAUCACAAUAAAAUAGACGAUUAUCUUUAA